UGGAAAGAGACUUAGCAAGUGUAUGUGAUUAUUUGAUUUAAAAAUUGUCUUUACCAAAAAGUCUUAAAGAGCAAACGAAAGUCUUGAAUUAGAUAAUAGUUACAGAACUGGAAUAAGAAACAAUCAAAAUGGGUGAUACGUAUUCAAUCGUUUUCAUAUCGUCAAUUGUUUCAUUUGCUGUCAGUGUUGUGUCAAAUUAUACAGUGGACACUCAACUUUCGGUAAGCAUUGUCAAUAUUUCCCAAAUGCCUGGACACUCCAUAACUGAUUCGGAAAAUAUCGACCAUUCCGAUGUUGUCACAAAAUUUCUUGAACUGGUAGAACAGUAUGAACAAAAUAAGUACAACUGUACAACUGGUACUAAUUUUACUCUUGGAGAUGGAGUAAUAAAACAAUACGGAAAAAAGCGUUUUAAAGCACAGGCUCUCGUUGCAGUAAAUAGAGCAAACUUUCUAACUCGUAUUUGGAAAGAUGCAGAUCAGAAUAUUUUGUCAUCGGAAAACUUUUUCUUUUCGGCUGUCAGGUCUAUGUUAGAAGGGGAUCCCGAAUUAUUUGCUGCUGGGAAUUGUUACGAUAAACAGGAAUUUAAAAACUACAGAUUAUUUUGUCCUUAUUCGCAUAGAACAGAAGACGGGAGACUUAAUGUGAAGGAUUUAUCUGUGGAAUAUGAUUAUCUUGGAAAUGAUUCAGAAUGGUUUUAUUCAGCGAGAGUAAAAGCGAGCAAGUUGGAAAACUUUAACUACACAAUAGGGUAUAUACAGCCUCGUUAUAACCAAUCUCACCACGAUGAACGCAUAAUUGACCGAGUAAUAUCAGUUACAUAUGAACAUGGCCACUGGAGCAAACCAUAUUUUGAUUGUGGAGGCGGAAAUAUCUGGAUGAUGACGUAUACAGUACCAUUUUUUGGUUAUAAAAAUGGAUCUUUUAAAUUUAAAGGAACGAGUGGGAUCGACAUUGACUUACAAAAGGUUGAUAUCGACCAGUGUCCAAAUAUACCAGGGAAUACCGAACGGAACGUUUUCGCUGGUUCAGCUAAAUGUAAACAGGGGACAACUAAGUGUGUUCCGAUAGAGGGUCUCGGAUUUCGCAGAGGAUCUUAUAAGUGUGUUUGUAAGGACGGUUAUUACUUUCCAGAUAUCUUCGCUAAUCCGAGAUACUACAAUGGUUCUGAAAUAGAAGCAGAAUUUGCGAAGAAAGAGAGGGGAGAGCUUACUAGGUAUGAUACUUUUGUAUGUGAACCAUGUGCUGUCGGAUGUGACACGUGUGAAGACGGAAGUCCAUGUAUUCUGUCACUUGAUUGGUUGACUAGAAGUCUGUUACUUGGAAUAUCAUGUAUCGUUAUGUGCUGUAUCCCACUUUUGAUUUGGUUUUCAGUGCAAUAUAGAGAUGUCAAGGUAAUGAAAGCAGCGAGUCCAGUAUUAUUACGUUUGAUUGUCCUGGGUGCAUUUUUCUUAUAUUGUCCAUUGAUUACUGGAUAUUUUGAAGCGAGUGUUCUGACAUGUAUAUUACGGUGCUGGUUUAGGGAAAUUGGUUUCUCUAUAUCAUAUGGUGCUCUAUUGUUGAAAACAUGGAGGAUUUCAGUUGUAUUUCGAGUGCGAUCUGCACAGCGUGUGAAAAUAUCAGAUACAGAUUUGAUCAAAAGACUUCUACUGAUAAUAUUUGUUUUUGCUGCAUUCUUAACAGCCAGAACCAUAGCAGGACCACCACAAGUUGUAGAAGGCAAACAUUACAAUGAGUUGAAGGCCUUCCAGUGUUCGGCAGAUUGGUGGGACCAUUCGGCUGCUAUUGCUGAACUAUUGUUCCUGAUAUGGGGAAUAAGACUAUGUAUUGUAGUCAGAAAGGCUCCAUCUGAAUUCAACGAAAGCAGAUUUAUCAGUUGGGCUAUUUAUAACGAGACGCUAUUAUCAUUAUUUCUGAAUGUAUCAAUGAUAUUUUUACAGCAUCCCUUUCCAUCGAACCCUGAUUUGGUUUAUUUAGUAAUAUUCAUUCACACACAGCUAACAACGACAGUUACACUUGCCUUCUUAUUUGGAAGCAAAGCUUACCAUAUAUACAGAAGAGGGAAAAAUGAUGAAAAUUCACACACUACAAUGAUAAGUAAAGGUGGUUCAAAGAAGAGUAAAUCACCGAAUAAUACAUACAACACAAAUUUAUUAAAUAAUUCAAAUAACAUUAGCUAUUCUGACAAAGUUGACGAUGCAGAAUGUGAAAGUUUAUUAGAGAAAGAUAUCCAGGAGGAAUUCAGAAGACUGUAUACUCAAUUAGAAUAUUUAAAACAAAGGAAUAUGAAAAUAGGAAACCGACAUUUACAGCACAAGCUGUCGGCAAUGACAGAAGCAGCACAAAAAGACACUCCAAAUUCAGUACCAGCUUCUCCGGCCAUUAACGGCAAGAGAGUGAUAAUAAAUCUCGAUAUAUUCAAGGAAUCAACAGAUUUAUAGCUUUCCAAUCAGUUGCCUUCGCUUUCACAAAUUGUGAAGAAUUUAUGCCGAAAUAAAUAGGAUGAAUAAGCAAUCAUACCAAGCAGAAAGGUUUCGUUUUAACCAAUGUAAAGUUUUGUUUUACUCUAAUCAGAAGGGCGUUUAACUGUUGUAUAUUAAAAAGAUGAUGAUGCAGUAACAUACUUUCGGAAGAUUCAUAUAUAUAUAUAUAUAUAGAUUCUACCACUGCAUCGAGUGUGAUACGAUAUUUAUCCACUCGAGACAGUUAAAUUUUCAAAUUUAAAACGCGAGGCUCGCCGAGCGUUUUAAAUAUUUAAAAUUUAACUGUCGAGAGUGGAUAAAUAUCGUAUUACACGAGAUUUGUGGUGGAAUCUGUUUCUCUAAUGAUUUUCAAACAAUAUGCAGGCAAACUUAUUCCGUCUUUUCGAAUGUUCUGUAAAAAGAUGUGUUCUUUCUGUGUGACGUCAUCAGGCAUGGUCGGCUUUUUUCAUGCCGUCACAAUAGGAAAUUCAGAGGAAAGCAAGUAAAUUCGACGUCAUAAUCGGAUUUUAACCAAUGAAGAACUGAGAUCAAACGAACCACACGUUGAUUAAUUUAUUUUAUACAAUGGGUGAAGAAAGGGAUAAAUUGACGAAGAAUUAGAGAAAUAUAUAUAUAUAUAUCUUCAAGAUUAAUUAGACCUGUAAAUAAAACAGCUGAAAGAUAAACUAGUGAAUGAAUAUUGGUAAAAGUUAUUGUGAUGGAAUCUGUUACGCUGUUAUACAGUAUUGCAAUUCGGAGAAAACAUGCUUAAGAUGAUGCAUUUGUUUUUUGUGUAAAAGCUUGGUCCGGCUUAAUAUCAAAAUAAAGCCACAAGGCAACCUUCGAAUAUGCCAAAGACAAUUCCUGCAUCUUAGGGUUUAAACAUUUUCUAGCGCUAUCCUUACAAGAAUCAGUUUCAAGAUGCAAAUCUGGAUACAAAUAGUCUUUUUACUGACCGUUUAAAAAAAAUUAUUUCAUCAUUUUUUGUAAAAAUAUAAUAGUACAAUAUUAGCACAUGUAAUCGUACAGCUAAAAUUUAUGUUCACCGGCAUUCAGUUGUUUAUUCCAUGCAUCAGAAUAACAGAUCAUUCCAGUCACUGUAUCGCUAAUUGAUAUGGUUGUACGUUAAAGAAAUACAGGAACCUUGCUUCCUAUAACCAAUAGUAAAUUGAAUGGUUUUUUUACUCUGACAAUUAUAGAAAUCGACAUAUUUUCACUCACCUCUUUCAAAUCUGUGAUAUUUAUCCCUUUUUUGUGAACCCCUUGUCAUCUUAACUAAAAACCCAGUUUAUGUUUUAUUAUAAUAAUUUAAAGACUUAAACUAUUCAUGAUGUUGUAUUUCAAAAGCAGUAUUUCCAGGUUCUCGAGCGUGGAUUUUAUUAUUAAUGCUAACCUUUUUUCCUGCAGCAUUUCUCAAAAUAUGUGUAUAAAUGCCAGAUAAAUUUUGUAUUGGCAUGAUUUUGAAUAUUGUGUUUUUAUUAAAAGCUGUAUUUAAUGUGAACGGAAUAAAUCUUAACACCUUCGACUAUAAAUAAACAAACAUACAAUGAAAUCUAUUUUCAUUGCACCUCUUUCUGCAUAUGGAUGUUUCGAUGUCUAAUACAAAAUACUAAUGAGAAACAAUCUUGUUGUUUGUAUGUAAAUGAAAUUGACAUAUAUGUGUUGUUGCUACAGUUUAAAAGCUUCAUAAAGAUAGAUGAGAGUGUGUUUUGGUAAGUUUGUAUGAAUGAAAGAGGGUGGACAGAUGUUAAUAUGUUUAUUUGAAUCAGCUGAAUAACUGUAUAUAAAAUAAUUCAAUCAAAAUGAAUAUGCAUUUGUUACUUACAAAUAUAAUUUUCUUGUUAAUAAAUAUUUUUAAAAUUAAA